AUGAGCGAAUGGCAUUUCUCCUCCGAGAGAUUGAGGAUCAUGUUUAUUUACUGUCUAGGGGGGAGUCCAAGCAGUUUGUCCCUCCAACACGAUGUGCCUCCCGUGACUGAGUCGGUGCUUUCCCAGCGCAAACGCCGAUUCUCCUCUGACAACAACAACCACAACCACGACGAACUUGAAGACGAACUUGAAGACGAACUUGAAGAGGAACUUGAAUUCCACACAGCCCCCAACUCGCCCUCCAAAUCGCAAUGCCCAAGUCAUCUGCCUCAUCUGCCACCGAUAAUCGAUUCAGUCGAUCGCGAUCGCGAUCUCGACCUCGACCCCACUCGGCUCUUUCGUCCAAACAAGACCUCCUUGCUCCAGCGAUUCAAACAAUCCCAGGCCAAUGUCAAUGAUCGCAUCAACACCAGUUUUGACACCGUCUCCACCGCAUCCACCGUCUUAAAUUCGACUUCCUCUUUCUUCCCCGAUCGGUCCACUAUUGACCACUCCUUUGAUACCGAGAUCACCGAGCCCGAUGGUACCCAAUCCACCUAUGCCGACUCCGUGGGCCUUUUCACUGAUGAAAUCCUCAAUGUCGAUGGCGAUGGUGACUAUGACGGUCCAAAUGGCUACUGGAACCAAUCCUUCCACGAUCGCAUCCUGCAGGAGCUGACGGAUCAUGGUCCUUUCACCCUCCAUCAUCCGUUCCCCGGCAAAUUGCCCUUGCGAUAUCGUUACGAGUUCGAGCGACUGGGACGUGCCUGGAAGAUUCCCCUGCAACGCGUCUAUCGAGGGGAUGUCGCCUCGUGGAAAUCUCACGAUGAUUUCUGGGCCUGGGUUCAAAGGCACAGUCAACGAUGCGAUCAGCCACUUCCACCGAAAACCCCACGGAGAGCCUGGGAUCAUGCAGUGCACGACUUCAAAACUGACGCCCCGUCGGAGGUGGUGGUGUUGACGGGAGAAUUCAACUGGUGUCUGCCAGGUGAACCGGGAAUCCUCAAACUGGACUUGAACCCUUUGAAAACAGAAAAGUCUUGUCGCUUUCAUCGUCGAUUUGGCUCGGAUCGGUUUAUGAGCCUCACCAUCCCAGCGCCUUCUCGUGCCCCAAACCAUCUGAACUGCAAGGACCUCUCGUCGGGCCUUCGGGAACCCAUCGCACGAUGGCUCACUCAAAAUGACCAUCACUGUCUCGGUCGGAGAUGGCGACCGUUCUUUGUCGAGGAAGUCAAAUCAAAGCGCAGGGUCAAGGCAGAACCACGCUUUCAUGUGGAAUUCUUCGCCAUCGAUGGAGUGGAUUUCCAGCAUCAACACAUUCACGACAUUCCAGUCAUCGCCCCGGCACUCCAGAGAAGCGAUAAUCACACUCCGAUGACUGUGGGCAAUCUGUUGGAGUGGCAUAUGCCCCAGCAGGCGAAUUCCCGCCAGAGUAAUUGCAAAUUAUUCCAACGACUGUCCCUCGGAUUGUCAAAAACACUGGCAUCCGUUGUAUUACGACCCACACAGAUUGUGCGACUCCGGGAUCGACCAAACUGGAAAAUGGUGAUGAAUGAUGGCUGCGCGUUAAUGUCCCGUGCGCUCGCCUUGAAGAUCUGUGACAGCAUCGGUAUCACGGGGCCCACCCCAAGUUGUUUUCAGGCUCGCAUCGCAGGCGCAAAAGGCCUAUGGAUGGUCGACCGGCAUCAAUCUAGCAUUCGCAGCUUCAGCAACGGCGAUGAUCUCACAUUCGAAGUCGUGAACUGGGCCAAGCCGUUGCACUCGGUGGAUCUGAACAUCCAGCUCCUUGCCAUUCUCCACCAAGGCGGAAACGUGAAACAGCGCCUUGCCAAGUUGACACGCGAUGGCAUCGAUGAACUGUAUGAUGAUCUGGCCCAUGUACUACGAUCCGACAACCACGUCCUUUGUCGAAGUCUUCUUCAAAAACUCAGACCCUCGGGCGAUGAUGGAGCCAAUAAACUCCGGCGUCUGGAGCACUGGGUCGUGAAUGAUGUCGAGUUCAUCAUACGAUUAUCCGAAGCCGGAUUCGCACCGCAGACCUUCUAUCCCUUGCGAAAGCGACUCGGACGGCUGAUGUGCUGGCUGCUGGAACGGCAUGUCGAGGAGCUUCGUAUCCAAGUUCCCUUGUCCACCUACGCUUACUGCAUCGCCGAUCCUUACGAUAUUUUGGAGCCGGAUGAAGUGCACUUCGGCUUCUCUACGCGCUGGAAGGACCCCGAUCGGCAAUUCGAGGACAUCCAGCUGGAGGGGGUGGACGUCCUAGUCGGGCGUCUACCAGCCCAUGUACCGUCGGACAUCCAACGAAGAAAGGCUGUCUGGAAGCCCGAACUUCGCCACUUUCAGGAUAUCAUUGUGUUUCCCCGUAAGGGAAAUAUCGCCUUGGCGCACAUGCUCUCUGGUGGAGACUACGAUGGCGAUACACCAUGGAUCUGCUGGGAUCCGCAGAUCGUCCAAACUUUCAACAAUUCCCAACUCCCAGAGGCCGAAUUCGGGGCUGAUCAUUUUGGACUCACCAGUCAUUCACUACCAAUGAACCAGGUUCAGUCAACCGAGGCGUUUCUGCUAUCUACCUUUGGAUUCAAUCUCACUAGUUCCAACCUCGGACGGUGCACUGUAGAGCACGAAAAGAUUGCCUAUGACGAAUCGAUCAACAGUCCCAAGGCCAUAGAGCUUGCCAAUCUUCUGAGCCAUCUGGUGGAUGGGCGAAAAGGGGGCGUGCACCUCUCUGAGCAGGCAUGGCAAGCAUAUCGCAAGAAAAUUAGCCCAAGACAAAGGGCAUUGCCCGCCUAUCGUAACCCCGGUCGGAACCCGAAGACGAGUAGUAUUGUUGAUUAUCUGAAAUUUAAUGUCGCCAAAGGCCAUGCCCAUGCGAUUCGUGAAAAACUGGAACGAGAAUUUCCCGAAGGCCAAGGAAGCAACGAGAUAGACGAGGACUUGGCUCGUCCGAGCAGAAAAGCGUGGGAAGCUGCCUGUAUCCACCGCCAACGAGGCGGCGAGCUCCAGACAACUCUGCAGCAGAUUCAAUCUACUAUCGACCAAAUUUGUGCCCAAUGGAAGCGAGCGUUUCGAAAUGGGGCGGAAGGGUUUCCGAUCGAAGCGCGACAGGCAAUCGAGUCCGCGUGCUCGCUUUGUCCCCCCAGUUCAGAUUUCCAUCCUCUUCUCCACACAUGGCAAAAUAGUCCAGACGAGUGGCACCGUCUUCUCGCGUCGUGUGUUUAUGUAUCACAUCCUCAUUCUAGUUUCAUUUUUCAUGCUUUCGGUGAGACGCUAUGUCAGCUAAAGGCUGAGGCUGUACCGUCGCGACUGGUGACGCACGAUGUUCUUGCUUGUUAUCGGAUGAAUCAGAAGACGGUCGCCCAACUCACGGAAGCUGGGCCUCGGGGGAGGAGGAAGAUGGCGAUCAGUAUGAAGGAGAGGAUGCCAUUGAGUCUUUUUUCCUUGGGACAGACAUAG